CAACAUAACCUUCGUGGAAUAUUUGGACAAAUGGAUACCAUCAGACCUUGCGGAUGUAAAGGAUGCCGGACGUGUUUACUUUGUGAAAAUUUGUAUGGCAUCGAGCGAAAGGACUUCUAUUCGCUUUACAAGGCACAAAAUACAUACGUGUACUGCCCACAAUGCGAUCUUGCAUUCAAAGGAUGGGAUGUCAACGAAGUGACUCAAAAUCAUCCAAAUCACAAUCCCGCAGAGGGCUUGCCUUUUCCCGGAGUUCUUGUAAUGGAGGAUUUUUUAACUCCGACAGAAGGUAAAGAUCUUAUGAAGAAGCUUGAUGAAAUGCCAUGGCAAGAUUCGCAAAGCGGUAGACGAAAACAGAAUUUUGGUCCCAAGACUAAUUUCAAAAAGCGUAAAAUCAAGACUGGUAACUUCAGUGGUUUCCCUGAGUUUUCAAAAUUUGUACAAGAAAAAUUUAAAGAUGUACCGCUACUGAGGGACUUCCAAACCAUAGAGCAGUGCUCCUUAGAGUAUAAUCCAACAAAAGGUGCUUGCAUAGAUCCUCACAUUGACGAUUGUUGGAUUUGGGGUGAAAGAGUUGUGACAGUGAAUUGUUUAGGCGAUUCAGUAUUAACAUUGACCCCCUACAACCAAGAUACUUCAAGGUAUAAUUUAGAUUUGGUUGAAGGCUAUAAAGAUACUUUGGAACAAAACUUGCUGGACGACAAAACUUUGAAAAUGUAUGAGAACAUAGUCGUGCGCGUUCCAAUGCCAAAUCGGUCGCUGAUUGUUAUGUAUGGUCCAGCUAGAUACCAGUUCGAGCAUUCUGUAUUACGCGAAGAUGUCACGCAGAGACGGGUUUGCAUAGCUUACCGGGAAUUUACACCAAUGUACCUGGGCGAUGGUGAAAGCAUUGAGAAAGGAAAACCAGUAACAGAAAUAGCACAGCGAUUUUGGGAUCAUCUAAGCAAAGAUUGGAGUGAAACGAAAGAACAGUGUAUUACUGCGGAAGGUAGUUAAUAAAUUGUAAAUAUUAUGG